AAGCAGCCAGUGUGCCAGGAGUGUCCUUGGGGGUGCACAUUCAAGCUCGUCCCUCUCUGGUCCUGGCGGGCACGUGCCGCAGGGACGUGGGCAGCUCCUGCGACUGGUGUGACUCCGACAGGGCAAAGCGGCCGCCGCGCACACUGCACACGAGUCACCGGAACUGCAGACUCUCGGUGUUUCCGGUCUCGUCACAGCGUGGGGACAUCGUUAGGGUGACCACUCCUGGCCUUUCACAGGGUUCUGUUUGCACCGAUGGAACGGCACCGUAUUUGGGGUUUUGUCUGUAAUGUGUUUCUUUUCUCGAGGAGAAUAUUAAGAACAUAUUUGACGAUGCAGGUGUCAGCAGCAGCGACACCCAUGUCGGGGACACUGAAACAUGCGGUGAAACACGUGAGACCGGUGUGCAGAUUUUCACGGAGCAGUGACUGCGCCAUCCGGGCAGCGCCAGUCCGUCUGAGGGGCCCCGGGGCCGGGCGUGGUUGCCGGUGUCUGCGGCACCGCGAAGGCGCUGCUGGAUGGGAACCGCCUCCCAGAACAGACUGUGCGGCCGCGCGAACCUCCAGUCCUGAGCGUCUUCUGCUUCCCGGUGCCCUGAGCACCAGGCCUGGCAGGGGUGGGCGGAAGAACGGAAGACGGGUGAAACCACGAGGCGGCCAGCGUGUCGUGGGGCCCCGUCUGCAGGGCCCGCGAGGAGUCUGCAUGCUGCAGAAUCGCAGGCUCCUCGGAGCGAUGAGGAGGCUCUGGUUUCUUCAUGGUUUGAGAACUGCUUUCUCAUUUCUACGAUCCAGCACAAAAUUUCAGCUCUGCAUGUUGAAACUCUCUUUCUGUCGUCUGUCUGGUGAAACUGUGACUGUCCGUCCCAUACGGGGCUCCGAAGCACGUGGCUGCUGCGAUUGGCUGAUAAACAUCUGCCGGAGGAAGAGAGAGCCGAAAGCGCGCACCGUGUGGCUCGGGUGCCCCGAGAAGUGUGAAGAGAAACACCCCAGAAACGCCAUCAAAAAUCAGAAAUACAGCAUCUUCACCUUCCUACCUGGGGUUUUGUAUGAACAAUUCAAGUUCUUCUUGAACCUCUACUUUCUGGUUGUCUCCUGCUCCCAGUUUGUGCCGGCGCUGAAAAUAGGCUACCUCUACACCUACUGGGCGCCUCUGGGGUUUGUCUUGGCUGUCACUAUCACGAGGGAAGCCGUCGACGAGUUCCGGCGCUUUCGGCGAGACAGGGAAGUGAACUCACAGCAGUACUGCAAGCUCACUGUGAGAGGUAAAGUGCAAGUUAAGAGUUCAGACAUACGAGUUGGAGACCUCAUCAUAGUGGAAAAGAAUCAAAGAAUUCCAUCAGACAUGGUAUUUCUUAGGACUUCAGAAAAAGCAGGGUCAUGUUUCAUAAGAACCGAUCAGCUGGACGGCGAGACCGACUGGAAGCUGAGAGUGGCCGUGAGCUGCACGCAGAGGCUGCCAGCCCUGGGGGACCUCUUCUCUAUCCGUGCGUACGUCCACGCCCAGAAGCCGCAGCUGGAUAUCCACAGUUUCGAAGGCACGUUUACCAGGGAGGACAGUGACCCACCAGUUCAUGAAAGUCUGAGCAUAGAAAACACCUUGUGGGCCAGCACCAUGGUGGCUUCAGGUACUGUGAUAGGAGUUGUCAUUUAUACCGGGAGAGAGACUCGGAGUGUAAUGAACACAUCCAAUCCAAAAAAUAAGGUGGGUUUGUUGGACGUUGAACUCAAUCAGCUGACCAAAGCGCUGUUUCUGGCUCUGGUCGCCCUCUCGGUUGUCAUGGUAACCUUACAAGGCUUCGCUGGGCCAUGGUAUCGCAAUCUUUUUCGGUUCCUCCUCCUCUUCUCCUACAUCAUCCCCAUAAGUUUGCGUGUGAACUUGGACAUGGGCAAAGCAGCGUAUGGGUGGAUGAUGAUGCGGGACGAGAACAUUCCCGGCACGGUCGUCCGGACCAGUACCAUCCCUGAGGAGCUGGGCCGCCUGGUGUACCUGCUGACGGAUAAGACAGGGACCUUGACCCAGAACGAGAUGGUGUUCAAGCGGCUGCACCUGGGCACUGUGUCCUACGGGACAGACACGAUGGACGAGGUCCAGAGCCAUGUCAGGAACGCCUACGCGCAGUUGCACUCUCAAGCUGGCGGAAACAGUACCAGUUCAACUCCGCCGAGAAAAGCCCAGCCUUCAGGUCCCAGAGUUAGAAAAAGUGUGAGCAGUCGUGUCUACGAAGCAGUGAAAGCCAUUGCCCUCUGCCACAACGUGACGCCCGUGUACGAGUCUCGAGGUGGCGUGACGGGGGAGACCGAGUACGCGGAGGCGGACCAGGACCUCAGCGACGAGAACCGCACCUACCAGGCCUCCAGCCCCGACGAGGUGGCCCUGGUGCAGUGGACGGAGAGCGUCGGCCUCACGCUGGUCAACAGAGACCUCACGUCCAUGCAGCUGAGGACGCCCGGCGGCCAGAUCCUGACCUACCGUGUCCUGCAGAUGUUCCCCUUCACCUCAGAGAGCAAGCGGAUGGGCAUCAUUGUCCGGGACGAGUCCACGGCAGAGAUCGCUUUCUACAUGAAAGGUGCCGAUGCCGUCAUGGCCACCGUCGUCCAGUACAACGACUGGCUGGAGGAGGAGUGUGGAAACAUGGCCCGCGAGGGUCUGCGCACCCUCGUGGUCGCGAAGAGGGCGCUGACCGAGGAGCAGUACCAGGACUUCGAGAGCCGCUACACGCAGGCCAAGCUGAGCGUGCACGACCGGGCGCUGAAGGUGGCCGCGGCGGUGGAGAGCCUGGAGCGCGAGAUGCAGCUGCUGGGCCUGACGGGCGUGGAGGACCGGCUGCAGGCGGACGUGCGGCCCACCCUGGAGCUGCUGCGCAACGCGGGCAUCAAGAUAUGGAUGCUGACGGGUGACAAGCUGGAGACGGCCACCUGCAUCGCCAAGAGCUCACACCUGGUAUCGAGAAUGCAGGACAUUCACGUCUUCAGACCCGUGGCCAGUCGAGGGGACGCCCACCUGGAGCUGAACGCCUUUCGAAGGAAGCACGACUGCGCGUUGGUCAUAUCUGGGGACUCGCUGGAGGUGUGUCUGCGGUACUACGAGCACGAGCUCGUGGAGCUGGCCUGCCAGUGCCCUGCAGUGGUCUGCUGCCGCUGCUCGCCCACGCAGAAGGCCCGGAUCGUGAAGCUGCUGCAGCAGCACACGCGCAGGCGCACCUGCGCCAUCGGUGACGGGGGGAACGACGUAAGCAUGAUCCAGGCUGCAGACUGCGGCGUCGGGAUCGAAGGGAAGGAGGGGAAGGCGGCCUCGCUGGCGGCAGACUUCUCCAUAACGCAGUUCCGGCACGUCGGGCGGCUGCUGAUGGUGCACGGGCGGAGCAGCUACAAGCGGUCUGCGGCACUCGGCCAGUUCGUCAUGCACCGGGGCCUCAUCAUCUCCACCAUGCAGGCCGUGUUCUCCUCCGUCUGCUACUUCGCGUCUGUCCCCCUGUACCAGGGGUUCCUCAUGGUGGGCUACGCCACCAUCUACACCAUGUUCCCCGUGUUCUCGCUGGUGCUGGACCAGGACGUGAAGCCGGACAUGGCCAUGCUGUACCCGGAGCUCUACAAGGACCUCACCAAGCACGCCCUUCAAAGUCUAGAACACUGGACGCGCGUCGGAAACGGUGGCACUAAAGUGCUCCACCGCCUACCUCGGUGCAGACCGGUGACCUCCUCCUGCGGCACCGAGGGAAGCUGUGUGUUGCUCCUGAGCACUCGGCCCAGUGGGUCUGAACCCGGCACCUGCUGUCCCUGCCUGGGGACUGGCUGGCACGCGUCUGAGGCUCGUCAGUGCGGCGGGUCCGGGCAGAUCCUUGUCCUUCAAGACCUUCCUCGUCUGGGUUGUGAUCAGCAUUUACCAAGGCGGCGUCCUCAUGUACGGGGCCCUGCUGCUCUUCGAGGCGGAGUUCGUCCACGUCGUGGCCAUCUCCUUCACGGCCCUCGUCCUCACCGAGCUGCUGAUGGUGGCGCUGACCGUGCGGACGUGGCACUGGCUCAUGGUCGUGGCCGAGCUGCUCAGCCUGGGCUGCUACGUGGCCUCACUCGCUUUCCUGAACGAGUAUUUCGACGUGGCCUUUAUCACUACUGUGGCCUUCGUGUGGAAGGUGUCGGCUGUCACCGUGGUCAGCUGCCUCCCGCUCUACGUCCUUAAGUACUUGAAGCGCAAGCUCUCCCCGCCCAGCUACUCCAAGCUGACGUCCUAGCUCCAGCCCUGACGGCACCAUGGGUCCCCAGGGGCCUCUGUGCAGUGGCCCCUGGGACAGGAGAGCGAGCGCAUGGAGCCCGAGGAGCGUUCUGAGCGGACACCACUGUGGGCGUGGCGCCCAGGCAGGGCAACGGUCCCGGUCCCUGCUGUUUCUAAAAUUUCAUUUUCACAUUGGACCAGCUUCUGUUUCUAUAAUGCACUCCCCUCGCCCUGGUUUCUGAAGAUUGAAACAGAAGCUUGUUUGAUGUUCUGCAGCUUCCCAACACACAAGAGCUUCCUUCUCUGCUGUAACGCAGACAGUCUUCCCGGCUCGGCCAAUAAAGCCCAGGCUGAGGCCA